CAGGGGCAGCUCAGGAUGACCAACAAUGGCCACUCUGUUCAGAUCGACUUGCCGCCCACCAUGAACAUCUCCCGAGGGCUGCCAGGUGUGUACACAGCUGUGCAGAUGCACCUGCACUGGGGAGGGCUGGACCUGGAGAGCAGCGGCUCGGAGCACACCAUCGACGGCAUGCGCUACUUCGCCGAGCUGCACAUUGUCCACUACGACUCUGCUAACUACUCCAGCUUUGAGGAGGCCAAGGACAAGCCCCAGGGGCUGGCUGUGCUGGCCUUCCUGUACACGGAUGGGCACUUUGAGAACACCUACUACAGCGAAUUCAUCUCCAAACUGGCAAGGAUCAGGUUUGCAGGUCACUCCACAACUCUCAGCUCCCUGGACAUCCAAGCCAUGCUGCCAGAAAACCUCUCCCACUUCUACAGGUACCAGGGCUCCCUGACCACCCCCCCGUGCUCCGAGAGCGUCAUCUGGACCAUCUUCCACUCGCCCAUUGUCCUGUCCCACACUCAGGUGCAGCUGCUGGAGAACACGCUGCUGGACCGGCACAACCGCACCCUGCGCAACGAUUACCGGCACGCGCAGCCGCUGCGGGGCCGCGUGGUGGAGGCGUCCUUCCGAGCCCAGCGGGGCCAGGCACAGUGUGAUCCAGAGGAAUUCACCCUCAGGCUGGACCAAAUCCAGAUGCAGCUCCAGGACAUGAAGAGAGAGUUGCUGAAUGGACUGAGCCACACAGAUACCAAAUCCAGCACCUUUCCAGCUUUCUACUUCCCCGUGGAGAACGUCGAGAGCUUUGUGGAGGUGCACCCGCUCCGUGCCGUGUCCCUGCAGGCCUUCACGCUGUGCUUCUGGAGCAAAGCCCAGCCCCAGGGCAGCCAGACCGUGCUGUCCUACUCCACUGGGGAGAGCGAGCACGAGCUGGAGGUGACCGUGGGCUCCGAGCUGGGGCUCUGGCUGGGAGGGCGCUUCCUCAGCUUCCCCCUGCAGCCCGGGGCGCAGGGCUGGCUGCACCAGGGCUGGCUGCACCACUGCCUCACCUGGGCGGCCCCAGAGGGAGCGGCCACGCUCUGGCUCAACGGGGCUGCUGGCAAAGCCAGGAGCAUCCAGAGGGGCUACGAGAGCCGGGCUGGGGGCUCGCUGCUGCUCGGCAAGGCCAGGGACCCUCUGCUGGGCACGUUCUCCAAUGGCUUUGCGGGCUGGCUGAGCCAGCUGCACCUGUGGAGCAGGGUGCUCGGUGCCGCCGAGGUUCGGGCGCUGGCGCUGUGCAGGGCGGGGCAGCCCGCGGGGGAUGUCAUAGCCUGGGGACAGACCCCCAUGGCCCUGCUCGGGGGGGUCCUUCUGCAGCCCGACUCCAGCUGCCAGUGA